AACUUUUUGUCCCUUAACUUAAUAGUUUGCGAUUUUUUGUCAAUUGCAUUGAAAAACACUUUCAUUAUGCUUAAGUAUCACAAAAUCAGCGUAAACAAAAAAGACAGUAGGUAUCAAUAACGCAGCAGAUUAAAGAAAAAAUCUGUUUAUACUCCAGUUAUACAGGACAGUUUGAUAACAAUCUGAUAAAAAUCAAGGUGUGCCAGUUAUGGAUAUCAACGACUCGGUUGAAGUUGACCAAGAAGCUGCCCUGGGAACGAGCCGGGUGUUUUUCCUGCCGGCGGCACUGUGUGCUGUCGCAUGCAUGCUGCAGCUAGUGCCACUUCUCAUCGCACGUGGCCUGGAUGGGAACUUCUCCGCCAAGACAUUCUUCUGGGUGCAAGCGGUUGCCCAAAUUCUGCAGCAGCUGGUCAUUUUCAAGUUCGCCAUGUGUGGAGCAACUGGAGGUUUCAUGUGCUUUGGAUCCGCCAGUGACAUCCAUUGCAAAGUCUCGCUCUACCUGGCCGGUGUCUUCACGUACCUACCGGACUGGCUCGCUGUCCCCCUUUCAGUGGAUCGCCUGGUUGCGAUCCAGUUUCCCAUCACCUACAAACAGAAAGCAACUCAGAGAAGUGCCUGGGUUGCAAUCAUACCUCUGGUUGUCAUUACGCUGGCGCUGUUCAUGCCGAAGUCGCUCGAAGCGCAUGUCGGCCGGAAGAACGACUGCGACUCGGAUCUCGGAAGCUUCGACACGUUUCUGAGUCUGUCGGGGGUGGGGGCAAUUGCCUCGGUGAUCAUCUUCACGUCAGCUCUUCUGGCUGUAAUAGCGAUGAAGAAAAACCAAAAAAGGGGAGAUUCGAGAAAACAGCGCGAGGCAACUACAGCCCUCGUCACAAUUUCGGUCGUUUCGGGUUUGUUCGGCAGCAUUCACUACGCACUAUUGAUGAUCGGAUUCUUCCGGCGCGACUCGGGCCCACCCGAACAGAUGCUGAUGCUUCUCGGCUUGGCACAGCUCGUCAAUUCUGUCGGCAUCAUCAUCCGAAGUCCUGUACUUCUGAUCAUGCAAACUAUGCGGGGGGCAUUUUUGCGAGGCGUGGGAUUCAAUUGAAUAGCUAUGCUAAAAACAGCAUGCAGCAGAACUACUAGACUUUCUGUCCUGUUUACUGAGAAGACCAUUGAAGUAUAAU